UCCUUUUCUCGCAAUCAACGAGGCAUCAUUUUUUUUCUUUAUUGGUUUGACCUUGUUCAACAAUGGCACCCUCAAGUAAGUUCUUAUUUUUAUCUCUUCAAAAGCUCUUACAGAUUGAUACCUUAUAACUUCAGUCCAAUUUACCAUCAGUAGAGUUCUAUUCUACUGGUUGGUUAUAUAUGCAGAAAAAUCACUACUUUAAUACAUUUCAAGGGGUUCAAAGUUCCAAAGAUGGGGUUUCCAUUAGUGGGUUCUUUGAGUUCUCAUGUUUUAGCCAGAAAUUUAUAUGAAAAUAAUAUAAAGUUCAAAUCUUCAAAUGAAAAUGAAAAAUUUAGUGUCUGCUUCAGAGUUAGAUGUUCAAAGUUUAAAUCUUUUUCAAGAAGAAUUUCAGUAUGUAAGAGUGAAUUAGCUUCUGAUUUUGAAGAGAGAGCUAGCCCUAAUGAGGUCAGAAAAGAGAUAGGAAGUUGCUACGAACUCGUACACAGACUUGGAAGGGGAGUUGUCUAUUUGGGUUCUUCAAGGAUGGAACCAGAUCAUCCGCAUUACGUGCAAACACUCGAGUUGAGCAGAGAGGUUGCAAAGCUUUUGGACUGUACUUCAUGGUCGGGAGUUGGUCCAGGCCUAAUGGAUGCGUCAAUUAAAGGUGCAAUGCAAGCAGGAAAGCCUGUUGCUGGAUUUAAAAUCGGAAAAGAAGCCGGUGAAUGGACAGCCUCAAAUUUUCAUCCUUAUCUACCAUCAGAAACUUAUCUUACAUGCAGGUUUUUCUCGGCUAGAAAACACGGGUUGGUGGAUGCUGCAGUUAGGAAUAGUAGUUCCGAUAGGACUGCAGUAGUUGCUCUCCCGGGAGGAAUCGGUACUCUAGAUGAGAUGUUCGAGAUUUUAACAUUGAUUCAGCUAGAAAGGAUUGGAUCAACUCUUCCAGUCCCUUUUAUUGUGAUGAAUUACGAUUCAUAUUACCAGAAACUUUUCGACUUUAUUCAAGAUUGCGAGAAUUGGGGUACUGUCUCAAAAGGAGAGGUUGCACCAUUGUGGAAGAUAUGCAGCAAUAAUUCUGAAGCUUUAGCUUACUUAACAGAUUUCUACAGUCUCCAUUGAUGAAAAUAGGUAUGAUAAAAUGCCAACUACAAGUUCUCGUAAAUUUUUUAUGCGGUUUGUAUUCUAUAGUUGCGUUGUUCCUGUGAUUUCUGUGCCAUUUUAUGCAGUGUUGAAGAAAACAAUAUAAAUGUUUUACACCAUGAUAUUUUUAAUGGAAUAUGCAAGUCUAAUAUUUUAAAAA